UUGUUGUGCUGGUACCGCUCUGAGGGAUGUUUUGAGGCGCCCUGCCCCACCACGAGCUGUGAUGAUGAAGUCGCAUCACACUUGCCCAGGUGGGCACACACACACGACAUGGGGCCCCACUUUGCACUUAAACUUCUAGCUCGACGCGUCUCCCAUAAGGCCUCACGCGUCUUCCUGCUGGUGAUGCGAGGAAUCGGUCACCACAACAUCCACAUUACAGAUCAUUCCAGGUACGCAAUCAAGGACAAGGACCACUACACAUCCCGCGCGACAUAAUUACCGAAUCGUUUAUCGAAGUCGAACCUCAAAGCUUUGCGUGCAUAUACAUUGCUUGGUCCGCAGCGCGCUGCGCUCUCAGCAGCACACUACUGCGACACAACAGCCUUGAUCUACGGCAACUUGGCGAUCUCACAACAGAACAGCAAUCUAAAAUGUUGCAAUCAGCGGAAGGGCGGAGACGGCCCCUACGGACAUACGGCCGGCAGACACCGAGCAGCGCGCCGGCAGACACAGUCGAACAACCGCCCGCUAAGAGAUGUCGCGUCAGCGACGAACGGGACGACUCACGAUUUGUUCCACAUGAGAAGAUGACGACAAAGCGACUAGCCACCAAGUCGCCUGCGACAGUCCCAACGCCAUCAACAACAACAACAGCGUCCUCAGUCAGACAACCAACUCAGCAAACCCUCAGUCUCGAGAAGCGCCCAGCACUACCGGCCACCCCACCAGCCACCUCCUCGCCGGCCGCGGCCGCGCCAACGGCGAAGAAGUCCACGAUCACGAGCUACUUUCGCGUGGUCCCACACCUCAAUUCCAAGUCAUCGAGCUGCGCGGACCACUUGCCGAGCAGUGAUGGCGUUGAGACGCAGACUGGCGCGAACUCGUCCACCAACAGCCCUCCCUCGUCGCCGCCGCCGCCGCCGCUGUCCUUCCAACAAAGCGAAUCUCGCAUAAGGAGGAAGCCGCGGCGACUGACGACGAAGGCGAAGCCACGGGCGCAGGGCCAUGCGGGAGACGAUGACGACGAUGACGCGGAGACAGAUGGCCGUGCGGACGUAGUGGUCCAGAAUGGGAUCCAGAAGGACGCCUCGAAACGGAAAAGAGGUAGCGUCUUGUCCAGCACGACCCCGUCGGCACUGAAUCGCGACCCUGCAGUUGCUGCGUCCAUAUCAUCACCAAUGUCAACAACAGCAACAACAUCCACCAAACAGUCGAACGCAAACCCAAAGAAGAGAAAUAAGUCGGACACAGCCAUGGUUCAGCAAACGCUGAGCCUAUCCAUGACGGAAAAGGGGUUUACCGAGUGCAGGGAGUGUAGCAUGCUGUAUAACCCGCUGCACGAGAAGGACCGACGCUUUCACGCGCGGCAGCAUGCAGCCAUCCUCAAGGCACGGGAGGCGAAGGAGAAUGAGGAUGAUCAGUAACGAUUGACGGGUGCUGGGAGGAAGGGAGAGAGAGAGAGAGCAAAGACGAAGAGAGCAGUGUGUGGAAGGGAUGGCUUCUUUUGAGAGAUACCCCUAGCUAUUACGAGGAAAUAGCACGCGUUUUCAGAAUUGUGAUG